AUGACGAUGCAGCCUGAGUUCAAUUUUCAGCUUGAGCGCUCCAGCUCGCUAUCCAUCUCGUCUGACUCUGACUCCGAAGCAUCCGAGUUCGAUUUUACAUAUCGCUACGGUAGGGAAGAGGCAUAUGGUGCUAACUGGCAACGAUGGCAAACCGAUGUACAAGACAAGUCAUGUCCUGUCCAGAAAGCGCGAAUCACCAUCCGGAUGCUGCGGCUGUAUUUCGAUGGAUGGGCCACAGUUACCAAGCCUGAGCUGGUCCCACCACCGCCGCAAAUUCAGGCAGUAGUUCGUGCGUACAACCUCUCUGAUGACAGGAACUACAAGCAGGUUGUUAUCCAGCAGAGCCAUGGCACAUUUUGGAUCAAUGACUAUUACCUACUGACUGGUCCUGGAGUGGUUUUCUCUUUGAACUGCCAUCGUGAGGACGGACCACAUUGGUCUGAGAUUGUUUCAGCCGCAUAUCGUCACUAUCAAACUACAGGUGUGGAUCUGAGGUACGUAUUUCGUGUCAACGUUGUUAAUCCUACAACCCUUCUUCUUAUCAGUCGAUUAUACCGAGCCAAUGGUCUUGCCUGGCCACACUCUAAACGAGUGCGCUGGAAGUAUGACACUCCCGAGUACCAGGCAAUCUUAUCAACCCCCAAUGGUCGAGGGGUCGCAGCUCUCGCUAUCGGGGGCUUUAAACGAGGUACCAGGUACAUUUCUGAGAUCAUCACCUGGACUAGUUCAAGUUCUGGACAUGAGUUCCAUAUGCUUUUUGUCAUUUCCAAGUGGCGGUCUUGA